GGGGGGAGCAGAGGGGUAACUGUGUCUCCUGCAUAGGGGGGAGCAGCCAGAGGGGUAAUUGUGUCUCCUGCACCGGGGGGAGCAGCCUGGAAGUGGCCGGCUGGGGUGACAUGGAGUGAGCCUGGAUAUCUUCAUGGGAGACCAUGAGUGCUGCCGGUAAGUGUGCCUCUGUCCCAGGACAGCCUCCAUCCAUCCAUCACCAGAUCCCAGGCUGGGACUUUCCGCUCUGUGUUAUCUCCGGAUGGACGUGCUAUUACUGUACUCUGUUUGGUUUGGAAUGUCCUGGGAGCGAAUGCAGGCGAUUUACUAAAGGGCGAUGGAAAAGUUUUUAAUUUUUUUCCCCUUUCUUUCUCUUUACAAUGGACGAGUGUUGAAUGCGGACGGUGAGAUUCACUGACCAUACAGCUGAACCCUCUGAUAGUGCUCACAAGAAGGGUAACAGACCUGUCUAUAGCUACCGCCAGACUGGGGUUUAUUUACUUUGUGUAGCGAAUUAAAUCCUGAAUGACAACAUUUAGACAAGUUGAGUUGGAUGCUAUCUUGUAAGUCUGCCAUUAUUUUCUCACAUUUUGCAAUGCACUUUUUAAUCCACUACAAUCCGGUGUUCACUAAGAGCUGUUGAACUGUAAAUCCAAAAGCAAAAUUUUUACGUUAUUUACUAAACAGUGAAUUUUAUAAUAAAUGUGAAAUGCUAAAAUAUCCUUAUACCUGAUUUUUAUUUUUAUUUUUUCUGAUGGAGAAUUUGCAUUUUUGAUUUUCUGACGGCUAUUCACUAAGGUAAGACUUAGAUAAUUGUUCCAGGCUGGCUAUUUUAACCCUGAUAGUUUAUUGAUUAUCCUUCAGAGUUAUGGGAGUUGUUUAUCAAUGACGUUUUCAUCUAGUGCACAUAAUAUUAAACCGAAUUAGAAGUGAGUAAUCUUUUAGAGUGCAUGCCCGAGGAGCUGGAUUAUAUCACUCAUGCUAAAAUUGUACUAGUUAACUAGUUAUACUCCUUUUGGUGUUAUUUUAAAAUAAAUAUUAACCUAUUCUGCUGCAAAAUUCUAAAAGUACAACAUUCUUCAAGAUUCCAUGGUGACUGCUCGACUUUUAGAAUGUUGACCAAUACUUGCAAUUUAAAGAAUCACUAAAGGCACCCAUUCAUACUAUCCUCUUAGUGCUUCCUAUGGGGAAGCAUUGGAUUGGCCGAGAUCAUCAAUCUUGAUGAUCUCAGCCAGGAAGGCUGCGGCAAGACCAGCACAGCGAGGGGGUAAAGGUAAGCAAAAAUUACCCUUGUUGACCAUCCUUUCCAUAGAAAGGUUUGACCAAAAAAUUAUCACUGCUGUGAUAGAAAAUGUCUUCCAUUAACCGCUCAUUAUUCGGUAAACUUUUCUCAAUUUUUAAACACCUCUUUUUAUAAGAUGUAGCUUAUGUUUUUGGUUAUGUAGGGGUAUAUUUGUAAAGAACAGAUUGUGGAGCAUUGAAAUCCAAAUGGUAAAGUUGAGGCUAAAAUAGCUAUUUUUGAAAAAUUGCCAUUUAGAUCUCAGUUCUUUGAAAUAGAUGUUUCAUGUAUAGGCCCCAUUGGUGUAUAAUGAGCAACACACGCAAUGCAUAUGUAAUUUUUGGUAGGGCCUGGUUGGUUGUAGUGACCUCUGUCCACACCCCCUGCUUUUAGUGUUUUAAAAGUUUUUUGUUUAAUAAAGAUUAUAUACCUAAUUUCCAGUGCCGAAACACUUCCGCUGCUGCUGCCCGCUCUGCUUUCAUCUUUGUCAACAUGCCUGCUGAUUCUUCCGCGUUCUCGUCCAUUCCAGCGCUUCUGAUUGAGAAGCAUUGUGGACAAGUUAUGCCUGCGCGGCAAAACACCAUGCGGAAGUGCCUCUAAUGCAGGGGUGCCCAAAAGGUAUAUCCCCAGAUGUUUUACUACAGUUUAUGUGCUGCUUUGUCAUUCUAAAGUCAAAGCACCAUGGGAGUUGUGGUUCUACAGCAUAAGGGGAUAUACCUUUUGGGCACCCCUGCACUGGAGGCUGUCAGGAAGACAGCCACUAGAGGUGUAGUUAACCCUUCUAUAUAAACACUGCCAUUUCUACCAAAUGGCAGUGUUUUACAUUGAAAAUGUAAAACAACAGGAACAUUGGACCCAGACCACUCAGUUGAGAUGAAGCGGUCUGGGUGCCUUUAGUGGUCCUUUAAGUAAAAGGUGGUGUUGGGGCGGGGGGGAGGGGAGCGAGAGAGUUUUCUCCUUGAACAUGACCUGCUGAACAAGUUAACAGGAUGUUUAUUCUUCUUACUCCAGACAGUAGUUCGCUAGCUACAGCCCCUGUCAUUUCCACAUGUUCUUAAAAACAUUUACAGAAAUGUACACUGAACGUAUAUAUCUAUACCAGAUGGCUGGCUUGUUACAGAAACACUAGUAGAACGUGGUAAAUGAUUAGGUCUUUGACUCAGUCAUUGCUUAGUUAGACAUAUUGAGAUUUAUUUUUUAAAGUAGGAGUUCUGGAAAACUGACACAGCAGUUGGACAUUUUUAGGCUAAAUAGUUGAGUUGGAAAAGUAGCAGAUUUACUCAGCUUUUUUCCUUCUCAGUUUGGCUAUAAAUGCGUCAUUCCUUUGUAAAUUCUCCACAAUUCCUAGUGAGUCGAGUGGUCAAUCAUACCUAUAUAUACAUUUUACUAUAUGGCUGUUGGCGUAACAUAUAACUUUUUUGUCACAAAUUAAGUUCAAGUACUGUAUAUGGUUAUUGUGGCAAUGUACAGUGUUUCUACGCAGGUAUGUACCCAAACGGUUGGUUAGUUGGAAGCUUCAUUAUAAGAAAAGAAAACCUGUUUGUGAAUAAUUAAACUAUGUUUUAGCAUGCAUUCCCUCAGAUUUAAAAAUCCUCAGGACUUUCCCGGUUUUGGCAAUAGUUUUGCAUCUCUGUAUAAUUAUAUUCAAAAACUCAAAUCUACUGUAUAUAUUUGAACUAGUUUUGCUGCUUUCAGGUACAUGGUUACCACUGAUUGUUUACUUAUAAGUAGUGUAUUGGUGUGACAUUUUUGUUCUGUGGAGGUGAACAUAAAAGAGGCAACCUCCAAAUUUAUUAAAUGAACACUUCAAACACCUAAAUCACUUUUAAAGUGCAGAUUUCAGUUGAAGUUGGCACUUUUUUAAAUUAACCUUGUUAUACCCCACAGGCUGUCAAUCAUACAACCGGUCCUUUUACUUCCUGGUUAUUUAGCUCAGUGGAGAUAAACUCAGGAAGCAGGCAAUUGCACAGAGCAUAGCCCGACUGGGGAAAAAAAUUCGGCCCGGGAAUUUUUUAAUCACGGCGGCCCACUGAGAGCGGGGCAGGGCUAGAUAGGGUGUGCUUUGUCAUCACCAAUGACAAGCACGUACCAUCUCAAAAUUAGCAUGUUGGUUCAAUGCUCUUCUAGGGCAGACCAUGCGCAGAGCUCUGCUGAAGAGCUCUAGCACGAGAAAAAGGCCAUGUAUUUGUUCUGCAUGGCGCAAGCAAACUUAAUAACGUGUGAUCUGUGUUUGCUUGAAACUUGUCUCUGGUGUCUCCAAUAAUGGGAUACCAGGAGACAAAAAUGCCAGGAAAGAGUAUUGUGCAUGUGUUUGGAGCCUGCUGGUAGUAUUGCGUGUCUAUAGAGUGAGCUGAUUGUGCUGUAGUAUUGUGUAAAUAGGUUGGUUUCUGUCAUGUUGUGAUGUAAUGUAUAUGUGUCAAUGUGCUGUAGAGAGUGUGUGUAUAGGGGGCAUAGUGUAUAUAGGGGCUGUAGUUUGUGUUUAGGGAAUGUAGUAUGUAUUUGCUUACAAGGAAUCUAGUGUGUGCAUAGGGAAUCCAGAGUGUGUAUGUCAGGAAUGUAGUGUGUGUAGGUGGUGCAGUGUAUGUGUAGAGGAUCUAGUGUGUGUUUAAAGAACCCAGAGUGUGUAUAGGAGAUCUAGUGAGUGUGUGUAGAGGAUUCAGAGUGUAUAUAGGGAGCUAGUGUGUGUGUGUCUGGGAUGUAAUGUGUUUAAGGUUGCAGUGUGUGUAAGUGAGGGCGCAGUGAGUAUGUGAGGGGUUCUGUAGUAUAUAUACAUAAAUGUUUGAAAGUAUUGUGUGUGUGUGGUGUAGUGUGUUGGGGGUUGCUGCAUGUAUGUAUGAAGGGUGCAAAGGUAGUGUGUGAGGGAGGGGUGCAGUGUGUUUGUGAAGGUGUUGUAUGAGUGAGAUGUGCGAGGGGUGCAGCAUGUGUGCGUGAGAGGUGCUGUGUGUGUGUGUGUGGUGCUGUGAGGGUGCUGUGUGUGUGUGUGUGUGAAUAUGUUUGGAGGGAUUGUGUGUUAGAGGGAGGCAGAUGUCAAUAUUUAUAUGUAUUAUUUAUUUUUUUAUUUACAAACUGCUUUAUAUCCUCCUUACCUUUUGCCUGGUCAAGGCCACAGAGCACCUGCCUUGCAAAGGCUUUUCAUUGAGGUCCACUGGGAAAUCUGUGAUUGGACAGCCACUGAAAGUCUGGGCUAGGUUAGAAGGGGAAGGCUUGCGAAGGCAUUAGAAAACCGCAAGCUGUUUAUAGCCAUAUCCCAAUGAAAACAUGCAUAAUAAAUGCAUACAUGUUUUUAUUGGUAAAAUAUCUACUAGAUAGUUUUUUUUUUUUGUUUUGUUUUUUUUUUUGGACAUCGAAGUGUCCCUUUAAAUAUGUUUUUAUGAUGGUUUAUUUUCUUUUCUGUAUUUGAAUAUCAAUGUUACUGGAAUUUGGUGUUCCAGUCCCUAAUAGAGUAUUCUGUGUUAUUGAUGCAAUUAAAAAAGACUUUCUGUGUAACUGACAUCAUUACAUUUUGGGGUUUCCCCCCUUCAUAAUACCUCACUGCUAAGAUGUAUUUACUGUCUGCUGCUCAGUUGGGAAGCGUUCUGAAUUUGAUCAGUUGUUCUGUUGUAUAUUGGUUUGUUCUGGAUGGUCUUUUUAUCGUAAAGUUCUGUGCUGCUGUGGAGUAGUUGCCAAAAGAGAUGUCCGUAGCAAUAAUUUCUCUGCUUAAAUUCCAGCAUUGGGCUUUAAAAUAGCAUUUCUAUGAUAAAGUGGUAGAAAGCAUAUACAUUUUUUUUUUCCAUAUAUUUAAAUUUCCAAAUUUUAGAGUUCCUCUGUAUUUCUCUUGUUUAUUCUGUCUUUUAUUAUUUUUUGUACGGAUUUACAACUGACUAGCAUAGUCUAUGAUUGGAAAGCAGUAAUUAUUGUGAAGCUUGUAAUGUCCUACCACAAACAGCUUUCUGCCAGUGUCAUUUCAUUUUUCUGUAUAAAAAUAACAUUAAACAGCACCCCUGGUUUAGUGCAUGUGUCUUCCUUCCUAUCUUUAAUGAAUGGAUGUGACAGACUGCAAAAUAAAGCAUUUUCACAUGGAAUACUCUGUACAAGAAUAUACAUCAAACGUUUCUUUAUGAUCAUGGAUGUUGUAUUUCUGAGAGUUCGUUAUAAUGGCAAAGGAUCUGGUGCUGCUAUAAAACAGUUCAAUGGGUUUGUCAAACACGCAGCCCAGUAUAUUAAAAGCGAUACUAUAGUCACCAAAACAACUACAGCGUAUUCUAUUUGUCCUGGUCAGUAGAAUCAUUCCCGUCAGGCUUUUUGCAGUAAACAGUCUUUUCAGAGAAAAUGCAGUGUUUACAUUACAGCUUAGUGACACCUAAACUGGCAACUCCUCAGAUGGCUGCUAGAGGUGCUUCCUGGGGCAGUGCUGCACAGUGAGCAGUACUGCCAUUCAGUGUCUCCACCUUCUGCAUGGAAACACUGAACUUUCCUCAUAGAGAUGCAUUGUUUCAAUGCAUCUCUGACCACGGCUGUGUUUGACUUGUGUUGGCUCUGCCCCUGAUCUGCCUCCUGACAGUCUCUGCCAAUCCUAUGGGAAAGCAUUGUGAUUGACUUACAUACUCAUUUCUGAUUAUGUCAGCCAAGCAGGCAGAUCAGGGGCAGAGGCAGCAGCUGCAGACUUAAAUACAAGUUUUACUAUAAUUAGAGAGGCAAGGGGGCGGUGGCUUGAUGGUGGUUUUAACACUAGGGACAGAUAUACAUGUUUGUGUUCCUGACCCUAUAGUGUUUCUUUAACCCCUUCAGGACGGAGUCAAUAGUGCAUGUUCUGAUCAAAACAAAACGUAAACAAAAACUGCAAUUUGUGCUAUAUGUCUGUUCAACUGUAAUUCACCGCUGUCACAUUAAGUGCACCCACACUUAUUAUAUAUCAUUUUGUUCAGGAGAAACAGGGCUUUAAUUUAUCAUUAACUAUUCAUAUAUGGAACAUAAUUUAUGAAUAAAAUGUGAGAAAAUAAGAUUUAAAAAAAAAAAAAAAAAAAAUUUGUUUCCGUCUGACAUUUUAGCUGUGAAUGUCAUAAUACUGUUAGGUUUUACUGCAAAAAAAUGCACAUAUUUGUAAUCAGCAUGUCUCACAGUACAACAGUACCCCCCAUUAACAGGUUUUAUGGUGUUUUGGAAAGUUACAGGGUCAAAUAUAGAACGUUCCAUUUUCAAAUUGAAAUUUGCCAGAUUAGUAAUGUUACCUUUGAGACGGUGUGGUAGCCCAGGAAUGAGAAUUACCCCCAUAAUGGCUUACUAUUUGAAAAAGUAGACAACCCAAUGUAUUGAAAGUGGGGUAUGUUUAGUCUUUUUUAGUAGCCACUUAGUCACAAACUUUCAUAAAACCUGUACAUGGGGGGUACUGUUUUACUCAGGAGACUUCGCUGAACUCAAAUAUUAGUGUUUCAAACUGGUAAAUUGUAUUACAACGAUGAUAUUUUAAGUAAAAGUGUGUGUGUGUGUGUAUGUAUAUGUAUGUGUAUGUGUAUGUAUAUGUGUGUGUGUGUGUGUGUGUAUAUAUGAAUAUAUAUAUAAUUUUUUUUUUUUUAUAUUUUGCGGUUAUUUGUAUUUUUUUAUAUAUAUAUAUAUAUAUAUAUAUAUAUAUAUGUCAUUCUAAGUGUAUUUUGUUACCAAUAUAUAUAUAUAUAUUAAUAACAAAAUACAGUUAGAAUGAAAUUACAUAUGAAUAUAUAAUUUAUAUAAAAUUUUGUUUCAUUAUUUUAUUUAUUUUAUUUUAUGUAUUAUUGUAAUUAUACGGGUGUGUGUGUUUGUGUAUAUAUAUAUAUAUAUUAUAUUAUAUUCAUAUUAUAUAUAUAUGUAAUGUCAUUCUAAGUGUAUUUUAAUACUAAUAUAUGUACUUAUAUUAACAUUAAAAUACACUAUGUAUGAUGUUACAAACACACACAUAUAUUUUACAGCUCCCACCAGCAGGGGGACUGUCUGACAUUUCAGAUAGUCCCCCUGCUGGCAGAUCCACAGCCAGCUAUAUGGGGCCAUGUGAUCGCUCUUUGAGAGCGAUCACCUGGCUCCGGGGGCUUCUUUUGCCGUGGGAGGGCUGCCUGGGCAGGUGAGUAUACCGGGCGCUUCAGCCGUUACGGCGUUCUAUGCCGCUGCAACGGCUUUAAAGACAGUUUUAAAUAGGGACAGCAUAGAACGCCGUAACGGCGUUAAGGGGUUAAUUCUGGAUUUCCUUAGGUGAAUUUCUGUCUCAUCUACAACAAAACAGUCACGGAUAUGAACUACUUGGAUUUUGCUAAGGCAUUUGAGAUACAGUUGCAAACAAAAGCUUAUUAUUAAAACUGAAAUCAGGUGGUUUAGAUGAAAAAUUGUGUUCUUGGAUAGCACACUGGCUUAAAGAUCGAAUGCAGAAAGUAGUUGUAAACUAAAAAUGUACAAACUGUCCCUGGGUCCACUUCUUUUAAAUAUGUUUUUUAAAAGACUGUAAAGUGAGCAUUGAAAGUAGCUGGUGUUUACAGAUUACACAAACCUAGGUGAGAUAAUACAGUCUGAACAUGAUAUCACUUGUUUACAGAUAGAUUUAAAGGGACACUGUAGUCACUAUAAGCAUUUCAUCUCUUUGAAUUGGUUAUAGUGCCUGGAGUGCCCUGGCAUUACCCCUCCAUUCAGUGUUGAACCAUGUUCGUGCAGUAUGCCACAAAAUAAGAGUCCCUGGCCACCCACAGUCCGGCCCCUUCAGUAUGUGUAGCUAAGGAAGAGAUUACACACUUUCUUGUUGUCAUACCCAUUCAUACUGUAAGUUGGAUCUCUGACAGGCUAAAAGCAGUCAGCUGACACUCUCAGCCAAUCACAGCUACCCAUUGCUGCUCAGGCUAAUACUUCCUUAUUAGCCAAAGCAGCACAGAGGGGAUGGAUUGCCGGGGACUCUUGUUUAGCAUUAAAACAUUAAAACUUUAAAAAUUGUUUAAUGCUGAUAGAAAUGAUGGGACCAGAGGACUCCAGACGCUAUAACCAGUUUAAUGAGAUGAAGCAGAUACAGUGCCUACGGUGUCCCUUUAAUAAAAUUAAUAAGAGAUGGAAAACUUUCGUUAUGAAGAAAUUCUAGAAAAACUGCAUUUGUUUUCUUUAUAAAAAAAGGUGUCGCAGAAUUGGUAUGAUAGCACUGUACUAAUACACCGAUCAGCCUCAACAUUAAAACCACUGACAGGUGAUAUGAAUAACAUUGAUUAUAUCAGUGGUUUCCAAACCAAGUCCUCAAUGCACCCCUAGGAUUUAGGGGUUAACCGACAGAGGGGAGCCCUAUAGGGAGCUAUACAACUUUGUUUUCCUGGCACUAUAGUUUCCCUUUAACCCCUUAAGGACAGCAGGCGUGCUAUGCCAUCCUUGGGGACCCGACUCUAAACGCCGGCGGACGGCAUAGUACGUCCCCCUUGUCCAGGCGACUUACCUGUUUGCUAGCGAUCCCCUGCCAGUGAUCGCGAUGGGGGGACUUACCUGCUUUUAAGUAGGUGUUCAAAAAAGUGGCAUGUUUACAGCGCAGGAUUGGUAAAGACGUGCAAAUACAUUGUUUGAAAGUAAAUUAUGGCAUCUUUUUUAUCAGACAAGGUAAGACUUGUCUGAAACUUUAAACCAGAUAGGAAGCAGGCAGGAUAGUCACUGUGUUCAUUUACUUAAUAUCCUUGUUCUUCCUAGCCAGGUGCAUAUUCAGUAAAGCCAAGUCUGCCUUUUGCCAUUUACUAAAUGUCUGUAAGAUAGGAUAACUUAUUAAAACUGUUGCAUUAAGACUCAUUUAUUAUUAUUAUUAUUAUCAUUUAUAUAGCGCCAACAGAUUCCGUAGCGCUUUACAAUAUUUGAAAUCUUUUAAUGUGUGCUUUAGUGCUCACUCAUCCAUGACCUGUGUAUAUAUAUUUGUCAGAUUUAUUGACUAAAUAAGGAAUUGUGAUGGAAAAGGAAAUGCAUAUUUAAAGGGAUCCUUUAGUGCCAGGAAAACAAACCUGUUUUCCAGGCACUAUAGGGUUAUUAGGUCCCCCACUCCCUCGGGGCUGAAGGGGGUUAACCACUUACCUGACUCCAGUGUCAAUGUCCCUCGGCGCUGGGUCAGGUUCCGCUCACACUCCUCCCCUGCCGAUGUCACACAGCGGGGGAGACCUAAUGCGCGGAAAAUCUGACACUGGAGGUCCGUAAGGAUGUCCAGCGUCAGAUAACCGACCAAAGGUUGGUUUGUAUUCCGGAAGCGCCCCCAGUGGCUGUGCAGUGGAACUGCAAUGUUUUACAUUACAGGACUAAGUGCAAAAGGGACACAGCACCCAGACUACUUCAAUGAGCUGAAUUGGUCUGGGUGCCUACAGUGUCCCUUUAAGGCCAAAAAUUGAUCUUGAGAAUGUUAUCCGUUUCACUGCUCUGCCUUAAAAUUUGCAAUUCUCUCAUCAAUUCUUCACAAUGUCCAUUACUGUAAAUAUCUUUUAUGGUAGCAUACAUUAUUAUAAAAUACCCAUCUUUUAUGGUAGUUUAUAAUUCUAAAAUACCCAUCUUUUAUGGUAGCGUACAUUAUUCUAAAAUACCCAUCUUUUAUGGUAGCGUACAUUAUUCUAAAAUACCCAUCUUUUAUGGUAGCAUACAUUAUUCUAAAAUACCCAUCUUUUAUGGUAGCAUACAUUAUUAUAAAAGUCAACGAAUCCAUGGUCAUAUUUAAUCCCAAAGACAAGUUAUUUACCAAAGCCAAAAAAAGCUCGACGAAAACUGCUUGUGAGACAGUUCUUGCAAAAUCUCUCCAGUCACUGAAAAUGUAGAUGACAUUGACAACUACAUUUGUGUGUAGUAACACCAUCCUCCAACACAAUUAAAAAAGACCGGAUUUUAUUAAGACACGGAGGCUCCUAUUAUGCUGCACUCUUUCUUUAUUUACCUCAGCAGCAAAGAAAAAUAACAUUAAAUCAGUAUAAAAGAAACCAGUAAAUAAUAUGAGGUAUAUCUUCCUAGCAACAGCAACAGCCAAUCAGCAUCCUCUUUAUAGCAUAAUAGGCAGUGUCCAGUAUACUACUUCCUCUUUCUUUGCUGCUACCUCAGUUAAGUGACACUGGGUCCCAUGGUUCUUAACUGUGGGAUCUUUUACUUUACUUUAUUCAUAUCAUUACUGUGCUUAAUAUAGUUAUUACAUUUUAAUUAUAAUAUUUUCAUGUGUAUACAUAUAUUUAGUUACUUCAUUUUAACGUAAUUUGAUUUAUUUAUUUCAUUUGCGUCUGUUAUAUGCCUUAUUAUAUAUCCUUUCAUAAUGUAUUUCCCCUCUGACCUCCCUGGCCCCAAGAAUACCAUCAAUUGGGGCUCAGGGGCGUCUUUGAGGAUCUUUAUAUCCUGAAUAGUGCCAUUGUGCUGUUUUUUCCCUUAAUUUAUCUGUCUGGCUGCUGCUCUGCCACCAACUUCCAGAAAUCCAAGUUGGGGUUUAGUGGUAGUGGCAGCCGGGCAGCUCCUUUGUCUUUAUAUUACAAUUGCUAUUUUUUUUCACUAUUGUGAGUACUUUCAUUUCUUUAUCCUGUUUAGUUAUUUAUUUUUACUUGAGGGUUACUCAACCCUUUACUUUUGGUAUUAUUUUGCUUUUAUUCAGCCCCUUAGGUUUGUUUGUAUAUUUAUGAUGCAGUCUGACAGGAUCUUUCUGUGCCUUCUGGGUCUACAGCAAACAUGCAGAUUAAUGUAGAAGCCUCUCCAGGUAUCUCUGGAGAUGAGGCUGAAUUUCUGCUUUACUGAUCCUGCUGACAUGCAGGCUUUAAUUGACACUUCCAUGGCAAAUGCAAUGAUAAGGCCCUGGUGUCAGGCCGCAAGGCCUCAUAUAAGGCUAAACACUCCUCCAAAACAAUAGAGAUGGACAGUACCAUACCUGUCAUGGAUGGCGCGAUUAAUUUACCACCGCGCAAAAGAGCUACUAGUCGGGCAAAAUCGACUAGACUUUGGAAAAGGGCAAAAGCCCAAUUAAACUCUGAAUCCAAGUUCAGUGAUAUUGAGGAGAAGUUCACCGAGUUCUAUAUGGAGGUGUACCUGUACUCACACCUGCGCUGCUUCAGCCUGGCCGCAAGGCCUCAUAUAAGGCUAAACACUCCUCCAAAACAAUAGAGAUGGACAGUACCAAACCUGUCACGGAUGGCGUGAUUAAUUUACCACCACGCAAAAGAGCUACUAGUCGGGCAAAAUCGACUAGACUUUGAAAAAGGGCAAAAGCCCAAUUGAACUCUAAAUCUGAGCUCAGGGAUAUUGAGGAGGAGUUCCCUGAGUACUAUAUGAUAUUGAGGAGGAGUUCCCCGAGUACUAUAUGGAGGUGUAUCUGUACUCACACCUGCUCUGCUUCAGCCUGGCCGCAAGGCCUCAUAUAAGGCUAAACACUCCUCCAAAACAAUAAAGAUGGACAGUUCCAUACCUGUCACGGAUGGCGCGAUUAAUUUACCACCGCGCAAAAGAGCUACUAGUCAGGCAAAAUCGACUAGACUGGAAAAGGGCAAAAGCCCAACUGAACUCUGAAUCUGAGCUCAGUGAUAUUGAGGAGGAGUUCCCUGGGUCCUAUAUGAAGGAUUCAGAGGAUAUUUCUGAUCCUGAUUAUGAAAUUACUGAUGAAGAGGAUGCUAAUCCCGUUUGGGAUACACGUCCUGUUAAACCUACCAAGAUUUAGGUAGAUUAUGCAGACUCAGGGACACCGAUAGGAUCUUGGACACUCAAUGUGAACCCCUAUUUGAACCUGACGACCUAUGUCACCCAGUGGUCUCCUCAGACCAUGUAGCCAAGUAUAUUGGCAUCCAGAGUACGCAAGCCUUUUGAGAAGGCAAAGUGAAAUAAAUUGCGGGCUGAAUGGCCACGCCGAACAGUCCCUGAUGACUCAUGUUAAACGCUAUCAGUCAAUCCUAAAAGCAUUCAAUUCCUGAGUAAGACAGGAUGGAAGCCAUCUAAAGGCUUAGAUUUUCAUUGCAAAACUGUCAGGAUAAAAUCCUGGGCAUCUUGGGCUCAGCAGCCAAGAUCUUUGAAGCAGUGGAGGAUGAUCUAGAAUUAGAUUGUGCCAUCUUAAGUGGUUAGAUCCAGAGAGUGAUUUAAGUUGGCAACGCCAACAAUGCGGUUGUCACAGAACGCCACAAAUCGAUCUUGCUCAAGAUUGAGCCCAAACGAGCCAGAUAACACAGGCAAAAGGUUUUCUCUUUGGGGACAACUUUGUAAAAGAAUUGGGCUCCUUUGUCCUGCUAAACAAACAGAAGUUCUUUUAGACAGAACCAAGGCUCUUAUACUUGCCGAGCCGAUUUCUUUGAACAAUGUACUAUACCAACCUCCUUCUCACAAAGUGGCCGACCCUGGAUUGUUAGUGGCCUAAGAGGUGCUCCUAAGACGUCUUCACAAUUUCCAUUCUUUCUUACUGAUAGUGAGGGGCAGGCUCACACAUUUUUCCCAUGUAUGAUCCCUCAUUUCAUCAGAUGCUUAGGUUCUUCACACUGUGAAAGGGUAUUGCAUAGACUUCCUUUCUCUACUUGUUCAAUGUUCCCCAUCAAGGGAAAUAGUUUUUUCCCAAUGAGACACAGACCUUGUCUCUGUGGACAAUCAAUUGUAGAGAUUCUGGCGCAUACCCUGGGUUACGUGAGCAACCUUUUCUUGUUUCCCAAAAAAGGCAAAGGUAUCCGUCCAGUAAUAAAUUUGAGACUGCUCAAUAGUUAUGAGCAUGUCAGCACUUCCAAGAUGGAAGGAGAGCAUUGUUUAAGGGAUCUUCUCCAACCAGCAGAUUGGAUGGCCAAAUUGGAUCUGCAGGAUGCAUAUCUCACAGUGCCUAUCCCAGUACAACAUCAAGAUCGAGAACUUCCUGCAAUUUACAUUGUAGGGCAGUAAAUAGAGGUUCAGGUGCCUCCCAUUCGGACUGUCUUCGGCUCCAUGGUGCUUCACCAAGCUCACAUCUUAUAAUAUAUUUAGAUGGCAUUUUCAUUCUGGCUCAGUCUAUUCAAUUAAUCCAGACAUACCUUGCAUGGACUUUGACUCUGUUAGAGAACCUAGGCUUCCUGACCAAUUGGGAGAAAUCCAUUAUUGUUCCCACGCAACAAAUACAAUUUCUGGGUUAUAUUGGAUUAUUGUAGAUUCUACCCUUCAAACUCUUCACCCUCCGGUGGUAAAUUAGCCAAUACAAAGAAGGAGAUAGGCGAACACUAGCAACCUCUCAACUCUCUCUCUCAAACAACUGUUGAGAAUGUUAGGCCUUCUAGCGGCAUCUAUACACGCCAUUUCUACAGGUCUUCUUGGCUAUGGAGCCCUACAACGAUUACAAACUUCAUCUCAAGGGCAGCACAUCAUACACAGAUAUGGUAACUCUGGACUCAGAAGCAGAAAAUGAACACCAAUGGUGGCUUCUUCACAUGGAAGCUUGGAAUAAACACACCAUAUUUGUACAGCUCCAGAUUUGAUAAUCAAAUCCGAUGCAAGUUUGCACGGUUGGGGUGCUCAAUGCAGAACUAUUUCCACCAAGGGCAGAUAAUCAAACCUGGAAUCAACACUCCACAUCAAUUGUUUGGAACACCCGGUUCCUUUGCAGUCCAUAGUUUCUCCCCAACUCAAGCCCAAUGCGCUAUCCUUCUGAAGAUGGACAACGUGUCAGCAGUCCGCUACAUCAAUCACUUGGAGGCACAAAAUACAAAAUUCUGACCUACAUGCCUCGUGAUUGCUGGCAAUUUUGCCUGAGACACGGCAUUUCAGUCACGGCAGAAUAUAUUCAAGGUCUCUCCAACACUACGACGGACUGGUAUUCACGCCAACUCGGAGAUUCCAGCGACUGGCACUUGGAUUCCAUGGUCUUCCAAGACAUCUGAAACCUAUGGGGUCUAUUGGAAAUAGAUCUUUUCGCUUCUCGUUUGAAUGCUAAACUUCCCCGUUUUUUCAGUUGGAGACCAGAUCCGAUAGCAUUGACUAUGAAUGUUUUCUCCAAGGAAUUAUGAUUUUUUGCCUUUUCCAUCUACAUCGCCAGUCCGGCACCUGUUGAUCGUAGCUCCUCUAUCGCCAUCCCAACCAUAGUUCUCUUUUCUUCAGGAGAUGGUUAUCGACCUUCCAUCUCUCGAGUGCCUUCUUCAGGAUCCAGAUGGUGUACCUCAUCCUCUUGUUCUCCAAGGUCUCUUGCAUUUCAUAGUGUAGUCUAUUUCAGGGAACCUUGGUCGGUCAAGGGAGUUUCGCAAUCAACUCCCCAACUUAUCAAGGGUGCACCCAACACGAGACAGGCUUAUAAAUCUGCUUGGAGCAGAUGGCAUAGUUGGUGCAUGAAAAUAAAUUUAAAUCCCAUAUCGGCUCCUUUUAUGUCUGUCCUCCAUUUUUCUGACUUCUAUGAUGAAGGUAAAACCUAUCGCACUGUGGACCUUAACGAUCGUCCAUUUCUGCUGGCCAUCAAAGUUUUGAUUUGACGCCUGUCGGUUGACAUCCUGUCAUAUAUUGACUUCUCUGAGGAAUAUGGUUUGCUCAUUCACCCUUACCACGAUACUCUGUCUUGUGGGACGUCUCUAUUGUCUUGAAUUUUUUAUUUAUUUUUCUUGCAAGAGGUUUUUCUGACGUACGAGCUCGUGAGGUGGUUGCUCGUUCCUUUACUCCAGAAGGUGUCCUUUUUGACAUUUCACGGAGGACAAAAACCUCCUCUAAAAUCUAUCUUACCCAGUUUUCCCUGAUAGAUCUCUCCUUUGCCCUGUUGCAUACUAAUGGGUGUGUGAACAUCGUUCUACUACGUUACAGAAUCCUUUGAAACAGGAACUCUUCCAAAAGUCGCAUCUUCCGGUGUCUACUCUAGCCUGGUG